AUGUCGUCGUCGUCGUCAUCAGAAACAUCUCAAGCGUUUUGUUUGCGACUAAACAAUCACAAGAGGUUCAUAACCGGGGCUUUGGCUCAACUGUACAGCACUGAGUGUCUGGUGGACGUGACCCUCAGUGCCGGAGGUCAGCAGUUAAGGGCCCAUCGGGUAGUGUUGGCCGCGUGUUCGCCGUACUUCAAGAGCCUGUUUGACGACUGUCCGCAUAAGACCGAUACAAACCAUCCUAUUAUCAUCAUUAAAGGCGUGCCAUUCGCUGACCUGAAGGCAAUCGUCGAGUUUAUCUAUAGGGGAGAGGUAUGUGUCCCCCGACGGCAACUCCGGUCAAUACUGGCUAAUGGAGCGGAGCUGCAGAUUAAGGGUCUGCACGAGUUUGAUAAGAAUAACUGGUCUGAGAGUACGGGCGCUGCCAUUGAUGACAACGACGACCACAACGGAGUGGAAGAGGAGGAGGAAGAGAAGGAGGGGGAAGACAAUGACGAGUCGAUUGCCGACAAUAAUAGCAAACAAGUCAUCAAAUCAAUGGGAAAAAAGUGUUUGAAAGCGUGUGAAAGCAAUGAGAGCACAGGUAAUGGAAAGGGAACCCGGAAGAAGGGUAGGGCCGCCACCACUCGCACUAAGCGAACGGACACUAAUGGCCAAAAGCGUACUAAUUAUGGUCGUAUAGUGUCUGCAAUGCAAACACAACUCACUAAUGACAACACUAAUGAUGAGAUGGUUUACAAUGAUAUGACAGCCCUGGAAGACGACAUCACUGACGACGACGAAAAGGAUGUGAAUAUGAAUACUAAUAACAAUAAUACUAAUCAUAGCAAUAAUAAUAAAAAAUGUGAGGCAAGUAUCGCAUCCCUAAUGAAUAGCAAUAGUAAUGGUAAUGAGAAACACAAAUCAAUGACCGCUAACGGAGUGCCGCCGAUCAGCACCGAUAGCGUUGUGCCCAUACAACUGCUCCAACAGUCAGUCAUGAUUGAUGUCAAACACAAUGUCAAUAUCAAUGCCAAUCAGCCAUCAGAAGAAUCAUCCGAUUCCAGCGCAUCCACCGGACCUGUCAAUAGUGAUGUCAAUACCAGCCCUUUUCCCUCAUAUCUCAAUUGCGAGCCCAUCAACAAAAAGGCGCAUCAAUUCAAUGAUAAACAACACACGUAUGAAACAAAUAAAGUAACGGAUACAACAGAUGAGCCAUUGAAUGCUGCAUUCAAUUUGCAAUCCAAUACCAAUCUCCCAGUUAUACAGGCUAUGAAUGAGAGCUCUAUUGAUCGCUCUUCAGAUACUAUAGAAGAAACUAAUGACAAGUCUCUCAUAACGGUUAUCAAAACAGAGCCAAAAGUUAAAAAAUCUAAAACUACUUCUCCGAGAGUAUCCAAAGCGGGAAUUCCCCGCAAAGGCACCGCCAGUCGAUCCCAAAAGAAGGUCAAAUGUCCCGUUUGUCAGAAGGUUUACGUGAGUCCGCAGAAUAUGAGGGAACACUUGAGGAAUACACACACAAAUCCCGACCAGAAGUAUGUCUGUUCCGUCUGUCUUCGGGAAUAUAGUUGGAAACACGCUUUGGACAGACAUUUCAAGUCAAAACAUAGCAAAGAGAAGUGA